CUAUACACUGCCAGGUUUGAACGACAACUGACUAGGAAGUAAUUAAUUUAUUCACUUGCAAAUUAUCAAUAUUACGAACAUGUCUGCUCGUACCUUUCAUUAAUUAUUUCCGUAUGAUAAUCGUUAAAACAAACAGGGAUAUUAACUUAGUUACAGAGAUACUUAAAUAGGGAUUAGUCUUAAUAAGCCUUCCUAUUAACCAAUAAAAUUGCUUGCUUGUUACUAUAUUAUCGUUUCAUUAGUUAUAAUAAUCAUGAAGAUGCUGUAAUCAUACUUAUUUUUUUUAAAUAGUAGGUUAAUUUUACAGUUUCCUGCGUUUAUAGUUGUAAACAUACAUGAAGGCGGGAAUUGCAGUCGGCGGCGGUUGCAUCCGCACUCUUAGGGUGGCUGAAGUGGGUGAGUGUCGAUCGGAGUGGUGCGUGGUGCGCUGGCGCAGUCCCACUCGCAUCGCCGCCGCGGCCGCACGCUCGCGAUGUACCGCCCGUUGGUCACGCUCCUCGCGCUCGUUGCGCUUACCACAUUUACAUCCGCAGAGUCACCGAGGCCUCGCCUCAUCGACUUCAACCCCUUCGCAUGGCUGCCAUCAAACCGCAACAGAUCACCCUCAAUUAUGGACUAUUUUUUCCCACCUUCCCGCACACCCAAACAAUCUAGUUUAGACCCACCCGCCGAUAGAAAACCUCCCCCGACCACCAUAACAGAUACAACUCUAGAUAACACCCCAGCCCCCACCACCAUCGAGGAACGGUCCACUACUUACUCCCGAAAAGUUUCCACUAAAACGAAAUCCACGGUUUCCGCGACCGCGACUAUACCACCUAAAACAAAGAAGACACGUAAGCCGACAACUGUCGAAACGACAUACGAAACUAAGACUACGCAGAAAAUAGAAUCUACACCAACCUUUAAAGUCACGACCGUUCCGACAAGUAAUCGUCCUACGAAACAUUAUACUAUAAGGCCGGUUGUACGGACUACGGAAACGCCUACGGUGCAAGACACAGACACGACUAAUAGCGACAGUACGGAAACAGUAUCGGAGAUCGAUACUAUGGGAACCACAAUCGAGGAUGCUAAAGAAACAGUGCCAACUUUUAGUACUUCUGAUGAGACGAAAUCCACGGACGCUGGGACAGCCAGCACUGCCACCAUCGAAUCUACCACACCAACGGAUUCAACAGCAGAGCCGGCCGAUAGCCGCGAAGGAUACCUUCCCCUACGCGACAAACCUCCGCAAACUCAUGUCAAAAUCAACGAUCAAACAAAGAAAGAGGUCAGUGGUUUUAUACAAAUACUAUCCUAUGCGUUGUUUUUCUUUAAACGGUUACACUCUAAUAGCUGCGACUUUCUUGGCUUGGCUCCUGUUACUGUAUUUUCUUAG